ACCCGAGAAAUCCUCUCCAUUGUCUUCGCCCUCAGGGGCUUUCUUCCCUAACCAAAACCCUAGAUCCAUCGUGAAAACCCCUCGCCUCUACAGUCCACAAUGGCCGAAGAAGACUCUCCUCUAUCUCCUCAUCCUCUUGAUUCGCCUCCCCUCACUGCCGAUCGCACUGACGCUGACCAGUCCUCCUCCUCGUCUUCCUCUUCCGAUCCAUCCCUGCUCUCUCGCAACUCAUCUUUCAGUCGCCUAAACGCUCAGGCACCCGAGUUCGUCCCCCGCGCUCCAACUCGGUCUGAUCUGCAGCAGCCACGCCUCGUUAUUCCUCCCGCUCCUCCCCCCGGCAUCGUUCACGUCUUUCCCCCUCCGAGUUCUCCUUUUCAAGUCCCGAUUCAGCCUCCCGUCCCCGUUCCUCACCAUCAUCAUCACCCACAUGUUCAGUAUCAUUCCCACCAUCAUCAUCCUCAUCAUCACCGCCCUCAGUAUUACGGCGGUUUUGCUGAGCACGAGGCUGUUGUUCAGUCUCAAUCUCAAUCUCAACCAUCGCCUUCUGAUCCCGAUCAUUCCACUGCACCCAGAAAUGGUUUAUCCGAAGAAGCUACUCAUAAGAUCUUGAAUCAGGUGGAGUAUUAUUUCAGUGAUUUGAACCUAGCUACUACAGAUCAUCUAAUGAGGUUCAUUAAUAAAGAUCCUGAAGGAUAUGUGCCAAUAUCUGUUGUCGCAUCUUUCAAGAAGAUAAAAGCUCUGACAAGUAAUCAUUCUCAGCUUGCUGCUGUUUUGCGGAACUCUGCAAAGCUUAUAGUUAGUGAGGAUGGGAAGAAAGUCAGACGGCAGCAUCCACUGACUGAGUCAGACAUGGAAGAGUUGCAAUCACGCAUAGUUGUUGCUGAAAACUUACCUGAGGACCAUUGCCACCAAAAUCUUAUGAAGCUUUUCUCUGCUGUUGGGAGUGUGAAGACAAUUCGUACCUGCCAGCCUCAAACUUCCAAUGGUGGGGGUUCUUCAGCAUCUAGAUCAGCAAAAGCAGACAACUUACUCUUUAGUAACAAGUUGCAUGCAUUUGUGGAAUACGAGACUGUUGAGCUGGCAGAGAAAGCUGUUGCGGAACUGAAUGGUGAGGGGAGCUGGAGGAGCAGCCUCAGAGUACGCCUGCUGCAUAGACGCACGGCAAAGCCUGCACAAGUACGAGGGAAAAAAGGGCAUGAAGCUGACGGGAAUGGUGAGGAAGAUGAUGUUUCUACAUCUGAGCAGCAGUUAAAUGAGAAGCAGCCCGAUGAUCCUUCCCAACAAUCUGAACUCUACCAUCAGGAUCAUGCAGGGGAGGAGCAUGUUAAUGACAGGGAGGGUGGUCCUCGAAAGGGUCGGGGUCGUGGCCGGGGCAAGGGACGUGGACGGGGUCAAUACCAUCAUCACAAUAACCGUGCGGGAUCCAUAGGAACUCCGCCUCCAAAUAACUUGCCCAAUAAUGAGCAACCAAGUGUAGUGAAGCAGCCUCCUGGUCCCCGCAUGCCAGAUGGCACAAGGGGGUUUGCAGUGGGCCGGGGGAAGCCAGUUGCUGUCAAUAUUGCAUAAUAAAUAUAACUACUUACCAAGUUAUUACUACAGAUAAAAGGAAUGUGUUUUUGGGAAGCAUCUGGAGCUAGAUUGCUGUAGAGUUGAUUGGGGUGGCCAGUGUCAUUUUCAUUUCUUUUAAGUAUUGAUGGCAGGGUUUUAACAAGGGGCUAUCAAUCCAUUGUAGUUCUUGUUAGGGUCCAUACAUAACAGCCUUUUUUUUUUUUUAUAUAUAUAUAAUUUUCAUUUUUAGUAGCUA